AUGCGUUUAAUUCUAAUUGCCUGGUGUAUAAUGGUAUUUUGUAUUGAUCUUGCCAUAACAGCGGAUACUAUUUGUCCUAGAGUAUGGCCUGCCUAUCAAGCACUUUCGAGUAUUGUUAAUAUUACAUUUAUUCCAUAUGGUAAUGCCAAGGAACUCUUUAGACCUGAAACUGGAUUAUGGCAAUUUUAUUGUCAACAUGGUUCUGAUGAAUGCUUAGGUAAUAUUAUUCAUCCAUUUAUCUAUUGUACCGAAUCGAACAGAGGUGAUGUUGAACAAAUUGCUAAGGAGUGUGCUUUGAAAUCCAGCAUAGAUUAUGAUAAAAUCUCAACAUGCACGAAAAGUAAACUUGGUAACGACCUUCAACAUCAGUAUGCACUGAUGACCGACGCAUUACAACCACAACAUACUUUCGUUCCUUGGGUCACAUUGAACAAUGAGCAUACGGCAAAAAUUCAAGAACAAGCAGAAGAUAACCUUAUAGGAUUGUUAUGUGAUACUUAUAAGGGUUCAAAUAUUCCUGAUGCAUGCAAGAAAAGUAAUUAG